AUGAAGAUCUCACCAGUAGCAGCCGUCGGGCCCUUCUUUCUGUUGGCCGGCCGGCGGUCGGCCGCCGUACCGUGCGCGUCGUCUACACUCGUGGCGCCAUCCGUGGUGGAAGACACUGCGGGUGCCCUGGGGCUGGCUGAGGCCGUUGACUGCUCGGACGGAACAUUCGAAGUGAGCUGGGUGGGCAACGUGGCCGUGGAACAGACCAUUCGGGUGCCCGAUGGUACAUUUCUUUCCAUCGUAGGUUUGCCCGAUGGAUCCUCCACCGUGGAUGGCGCCGGCGAGGUGGGCUUAUUCGAAGUGAAUCGUGGCGCCUUGCAGCUCUCUGGCCUGUCGUUGGUGAACGGCACCUCCGCUGUAGGCGGUUCCAUAUUUGCGUCCGACUCGGUCGUAAGCGUUUCGGAAUGUGUAUUUACGGGGAACGCCGCCACCCAAGGUGGUGCCAUAUAUGCGUUAGACUCUGUCGUCAAUGCUACGGACUGUGUAUUGACGAGGAACGUCGCCGACGGCAGCGGGGGAGCAUACUUCGGGUGGAACUCCCUGUUGCAAUCAGACAAGUGCGAGUUUUCCGACAAUUCCGCCAACUUCGGCGGGGCGAUCGACUUAUACACCGGCAGCUUUUUCCAUGCUUCGGAAUCCGUGUUCUCGAAAAACAAUGCCUCCAGAAAUGGCGGCGGCGUUCAGUCGGGAAGUUCCGAGAUGAAUGCAGACAACUGCAGUUUUUCCUACAAUUCUGCCGACAACGGCGGGGCAAUGUGGGCAUACAACACCUCUAUUAUUCACGCCUCUGGGUCCAUAUUCACGCACAAUAUCGCUCCCGACUACGGCGGCUCCGUGCACGUCGACACCUCGGUGUUGACACUCGCUGGUUGCAACUUGUCGCACAACAGUGCCGACAUCGGUGGGGCUGUUUUCGGCUCCAGAUCAGAAGUGAACGUUUCGGGAAACAGCGUAUUUGAAGACAACAUCGCCGGUACGAGCGGCGGGGGAGUGUUCCUGCAGAGUGGGUCUCACCUGGCAUUCCCGGUCCACGAUGGUGGUGCGUUGUUCUCCGGGAACCGUGUCGAAGGUGCCGGAGCGGGUGUAUACGUGACGACCGAUUCCACCGUAAGCCUCGAAGGACCGACGGUAUUCACAAACAACAGCGCGGGGGGUGAGGGAGGCGGCAUGUACGUGGUGGCGGUGAAUGAUUUUAGAGUCGAGAACGCAACGUUUUCGUUCAAUUCGGCGCAGGCCAACGGGGGCGCUAUGGCUCUGGUGUCGGUGGGGACUGCCGAGGCGAACGGUGAAUAUGCACAAAUACGAAACAGUUCGUUUGGCGAAAACGAAGCUGGUAAUACCGGCGGGGCUGUAUACAUCGCCGGUGGAUUCGUCGAAUUCAACAGAUCGGACUUCGAGGGCAACACUGCAGGCGCUGGGGGUGCACUGUACGCGGCGGGCACAGCGAAGCUAGACGACUGCGUAUUGAGCAAGAAUCGUGCAGCACUGGGCUCUGCCGUGUCGAGCGUGGUCUCGUUCGUCCUCCAAGACAGUGACUUCAGAGACAAUGCGCUUCUGUGCGAUGACGAUCGGUUCUUCCUUGAUUGGACAAACGUGUCUGCCUACGACAUCGCGUGCGAUCAAUGCGACCUCGAGUGCGAAGGCUGCACCAUAAUGAACCCGGACAAGGCUCUGCUUUGCGAAGACGCCUUCCCCAACACCGACAGCCUCACGGCAGACGGUACGCUCGAGUCGCUGAACCUGGCGCCCGGGUACUGGCGGAGUUCCAACAAGAGCAGAGAUAUUCGAGCGUGCCCUCGUGCAACAUCGUGCCCCGGAGGGACCGAAGGGAGUUGCGCGGUCGGAUACGACGGGACAUUGUGCGCGGAGUGCGCAGAGGACUACUCCCUCGGGCCGGGGUACACCUGCUCCGAGUGCGACGAAGACCGACGAAAGUGGACAACCGCGGCGGCGGUGAUUCUUCUUGUUGCGGCUGCUGUUGCGGUGACGGUGAGCGUGGGGUAUCUGGGCGCGCCUACCGAAGAGUCAGCGGCCGCACGGAUUCCGUCGCUCGUCCGAGAACGAUUCGGGCGCUCAUGGGUUUCGCAAGGAUUCAAGAUUAUCAUCGUUUCGUGGCAAAUUGUUUCCCAGUUUGCUUCGGUGGCGAGCGUAACCUACCCGGACCUAUACGCGACCUUCGUUGGCUUCAUCGACUUCCUCGAUCUAGACGUGGCCUGGACGCUCUCGGUGGACUGUUGGGUCGGCACCAACUUCUAUGUCACCUUGCUGACAAUGACGAUCGGGCCCGUGGUUGUGUCCGUGCUCGUGCUUGGGUCGUGGUGGAUAAGGACGCGCCAUUGUCCGGCAGAUGACCCGGACAGAUUUUCCCGGAUCAACCAGAGGCACGCCAAGUUCAUAUACCUGAUCUCCUUCCUCGUGUAUUCCUCCGUAUCCUCUACAGUAUUUCAGACUUUUCCAUGCGAUGAUAUCGAUACCGGGGAGUCCUUCCUACGAGUUGACUACCGCAUCCAGUGCUCCACAGCCGAGCACCGCGGGUACAUGGUGUACGCGGGCUUCAUGUGCCUGGUCUAUCCGAUUGGUAUCCCAGUUGCCUAUUUGUUCUUUCUGUAUAAGGCUCGCAAGGGCUUCAAGUCCGAAGAGGAGGCGAUGCGCACGGACAUCGCCGUGCUCAGGCCAUUGUGGCAGCCGUAUCGACAGAGCGUGUAUUACUACGAGGUCGUGGAAUGCUUUCGCAGGGUGACCCUGUCCGGUCUGGUGAUUUUCAUCCUGCCUAACACCGCCGGGCAGGUGAUGACGGGGUUCUUGCUGUCAGUGGCGUUCUUUGCUUUGUUCACGGUCCUCGACCCGUACGCACACAGGCGGGACACGUGGCUGGCCAGAAUCGGCCACGCGAUCGUCAUGAUGAGCUUGUUUGUUGCGAUGGCAGUCAAGGUUGACGUCACGGCGGACGACGGCUUUAGCCAGGACGUGUUCGCAGGAGCCCUAGUAGCGGCCAACGUGGUACUGGCCCUUAUUGUAGCAGUAGAAGCCUUGUGGAUGUGCUCUGAUGUUGUCCAGGAGAUUCGAGAGGCUUGA